AGGUUAGGGUUUAAGAGAAGAGGGGUGUGUAAGGGUGUGCGCAGUGUGACGCAUUCAUCCUCAGCAUAAAAACCUGAGCAGGCAAGAGGAGGCAAAUCACACUUUUUAAGGAACACACUCAAGAACAUGGACACAGACGAGAAAGUUCCCAUUCUAAGAGAGGGCUUCCUGGUAAAGAGGGGCCACAUUGUUCACAACUGGAAGGCCCGCUGGUUCGUUCUGACCCCUGAUAAGCUGCUGUACUACAAAUACGAAGGAGGCAAACGGGACUCGUGUCAGAGGGGCAAAAUCCUGCUGAAGGACUCCGUGAUAACAUGUCCUUUCCUGGAGUAUGAAAACCGGCCGCUUGUGUUCAAACUCCAGACCAAGCACGGGGUGGAUCACUUUUUGGAGGCUUGCUCCAGAGAGGGGCGAGAUGAGUGGGCCGGUGACAUCACAGCCGCAGUCAACAAGCUACAGGCGACUGAUGGUGGCACGCUGAUCCAGAAAGAUCCCGCUGAAUCCUGCUUACACAACAUCAAUCUGAGUAAAGUGUUGGACUCCAUGUAUGAUGUCCACAGUGGGAUGAAGUUGAGCAACCAUGUGGAGCAGGGGAGCACAUACAGCAACUGCUUUUCAGGUUCAGCUGUGGUGGACUGGCUGGUGUUCAGUCAGCUCGCUCUGACCCGUGUGGAGGCUGUCACCUUGGCCUCCGCUUUGCUGGAAGAGGGCUUCCUGCGGACCGUCGGCCUGAGGAGCGUGGAGGCCCUUCGCACCGCCGCCCUCAGCCAGCAGUUCAUAGACGACUCCACUGCCCUCUACGGCUUUUCUGAUAGCUUAAAGAAGAGAGGCAGCGUGAAGUCAGAGAGGUCGAUGUCUGCUGUGGAGCUGAGUGGUAAAGUCAUAAAAAGAGGAUAUCUGCUGAAACAGGGACACAAAAGGAAAAACUGGAAGGUGCGACUGUUUGUGCUCCGUUCGGAGCCUGAUUUCCUGCAUUAUUAUGACCCCACCAAGGAUGACAUCAGCCCUGUUGGCGGCUUCUCUCUGCGAGGGUGUCUGAUAUCCUCUCUGGAUGACAACGGAGUUCCUUCAGGUGUAAAGGGCAACAUUCAAGGUAACUUGUUUAAAAUCAUCACCAAGUCCAACACUCAUUACUUCAUCCAGGCGCCGACUCACCAGGAGAAGAUGGACUGGAUAGAUGCGAUCAGAGAGCAGACGUAGAAGGAACUGGAAGCUCUAACAAAUCAGCAAGGAGGAACAUUUUUCUUGUUCUAUGAAUGCACUCUCAUGAUAAGGUUUCCAGAUGCUUUGGAGGAAGUCAUCUUUCUAUUCAUUUGUGUUUGAACUAUUAAAUCUUGUGGCGUUGUGUGAAUCGUUUUAGUUUUUCAGCAGAAGCUCCAGAAGCCCAUCAGUUGUAGCAAUUUAUCUACCAUUAUAUUUGCCUAAUUGUAUUUGUCUGUUAACAGUGUAUUUUAAUUUUAGCACUUGUACAAUGUUUUUUUAAAUAUCUAUAUUUUUUUCAACUUUAUUCUCUGGACAUUUUAAAAUAAAGAAGCUCUGUUAUUUAUUGAACUAACACUUUGUUCUGUCGUUCAUGUUGGAAAUUGUAUCUAAAUCAUUUUCUGGGGGGAAUAGAAGAAUGA